AUGCCAGCAAACAACAGCAGGGUCUGGUUAUCUGAGGAACUAUCUACGUUCUUAGCAAUCAUCGGCGAUGGCGUUAUUCAGAGUGAGCUUGAUGGAUCAGUGAGAAAUGAAAAGGUCUAUAAAGAUAUUUCGCAGCGGAUGGCAGCCGAGGGAUUUGAACGGACGUCGGGCCAGUGUAGGGCAAAGCUUAAAAAGCUUAAAGCACAAUAUAAAAAAAUUAAGGACGCCAACAGCCGUAGUGGAAACUGUCCAACUGCUUGGAGGUGGUACGACGCCAUGGACGCCAUUUACGGUCAUCGGCCAGCAAACCAAGGCAGGGAGGGAGGUCUGGACUCUGCAACUGUAAUUCUCGAAUCCAUGGUAGACCCCUUUGAAACAGUUGAUGUACUCUCCACUGAUGCAUCAAACUUAUCAGAAGAUGGACCUUCAAUGUCUUUCAGCAGCAACAGCAGCAGUAUUUCCUCAAGCCAACCACAGAGUAGCCAACCACAGAGUAGCCAACUACAGAGUACUCCCAAUGCACCAAGGCACAAUGGUGAAAGGAGAAGGUUACAGUUGGAUCUGCGCACAGUCAUGGAGGAUAUGCGGGCAGCAGAAGAAAGGCAGCUGGAAAGAAUGGAUAACCUUUCUGAGAGGCGGUUUCAAGCAGUACGUCAGGAUGCACAGGAAGCUAUGCGCCAGGAGGCAGAAAUUGCCCGGCAGCAGAUGGAGCAGUUGGCUACCUUCAACCAGGCCUUCCUCGGUGUCCUUGGUCAGCUUGUUCAAGUGAUUGGAGCCAAUCGUCAACCCAGGUCACCACCCAGACAUUAG